GGCCCAGUCUCUCGAGAUGUUGUGCUGGAAGGGGCGGGGAGGCCGAGGAGAGGCGGAGGAGGAAUGCAAAGCUCCAUCCAGUGCAGAGUAGGAGUGUUUGCGCACACAGUCUGCCUGCAACAGAGGAUCGAACCUGGGAACUUUCUCGGUUUUUUCCCCCUCCCUUCAACAAUUCCUGCCCAUCAACCUGCCUCCAAAAGAGCCAGAGCAGCAACCGCCUGCAUCCGUGCCUGACCAUGGUCAUCAAAGUGUACAUUGCGUCCUCCUCUGGGUCCACUUCGAUUAAAAAGCAGCAGCAGGACGUGAUGGGCUUCCUGGCAGCCAAUAAGAUUGGGUUUAAGGAGUGUGAUAUUGCCGCCAACGAGGCUCACCGGAAGUGGAUGCGAGAGAACGUUCCGGAGGAGUCACGGCCAGCCACAGGGAACCCUCUUCCACCACAGAUAUUUAAUGAAAGCAAAUAUUGUGGGAACUACGAGGCCUUCUUCGAUGCAAGAGAGGACAACGCUGUGUAUGCAUUUCUCGGUCUGACUGCUCCCCCCGGCUCAAAGGAGGCUGAGGCUCAGCUGAAGAAAGCACAGCAGUAGCAUUCACCUUUUCUGUUGGACAACCAGAGCUAGCCUGACCAGGAAUACAUUUAGAAAAAAAGUACGAAAAAUGUUACUCUUCAUUUUUCAGGUUUUUAAGAUUUUGUCAUUAAUUGUGCCUUGUCGGCUAUUGUGAAAUGAGGUACAACAAAAGAAAACAGAAUAUUCUGCUUAUCAAGACUGCCACGCUUCCUCAACCUACCGUAAUCUUAGCCUGCUUGCCUAUUGGUCCAAUGUCAAGUCAGUCAUCCAUUUAGCAUGAUUAAAAGACGUGCAAUGUAGCCUCAAGAUGUCCUUGUGCACUAUAUAAUGUGCACGUCACACUCAUCAUCAGAAUAUUGAUUAUUAUAAGGUCUUAAAUAAUGAAUAUUUUCAUUUUGUGCUCCUGUCUGUUCUGUUAUUGCCAAAACACCAGCACCUUCUGCAGGAUCAUCCCAAUCCCAUGUUUUAUGUUUAUGCUUCUUCCUUCUAACUGUCUUAAAGCUGUUUUAACAGACCUUUUUCAAAGAGAAAAUAUAUGUUUAACAUUGAGACAUCAGGUGUGACAUUUUUAUUUGCUGUUUGAGUUUUUUUUUUUUUUUUAUGAGUGCAACAAAUAUUAUCUAAGCCUCCUCUUUUAUAUUGUGUUGGAAAUACCAGUCUUUAGGGGGAAUCGUAGUUAUCUUCCCUAACUUAAAAUAAAAUGCUGAACUACA